UCAACACACGUUGCACGUAUACGAUACAUCCAGCUGACACGGUCAAUCUUCGCAUGGACAGAAUCGGGCAACGAAUUGCCCUCGGUCCUUUCGAGCGCGUUCAAAUUAACAUUUAAUGUCACAGACACAAGAUAUCUCAUCACUGCGUAUCCCAUCCCGGCGAAACUUGCGCUCAUCGAGCCAUCGGUGGCGAUCGCGUAUCACUUCCACGACCAAAUCGCCUUCGACGGCGGUCAAUAAUGCUAUGGGCGCGCCGUUACCGUCGGAGGACGUUGGAACAUCAGUCAUCUUGCAUCGCCAGCGCUGUGAUUGGCAAGAGCACGCUUGCUCUCUCGCUCGGGCAGCACCAGUGCCAUGAAGGUCAACGACGCAAGAGGCUAGUGCGCGAGUGCGCAAUUGGUUGCAAGUUGUGUUCGUGGGGGGGUUUGUCGGAGGCAGUGGG